GGCAUCCUCCUCCUCCCCCGCGACACAACCCGACGCGUCACCCUCCCUUCGUCUAUAUAUACACGCGCACCCACGGCUCACUCCUCGAUCCCCCACACCCGCAAGCAACCACCACCGCCUCUCCCCGGCGCGCGCGGCUGGAGCAAGUCCCGAGGAGAGCCCUUCUUCUUCCCCUCUCGAUCUUUUAAAAAUAUCGCCGCCGAUGGGCGCGUGCAACUCGUGCGAGGCGACGGCCGUGGCGGCGGUGAACGGGAGCGGGGCCGCGGUGGGGGAGGCGACGGCGGCGAGGGUGGUGCUCGCGGACGGCGAGCUGCAGCGGUUCCCGGGGGGCACCCGGGCGUCGCAGGCCGUGAAGGCGGCGGCCGCCGCGGCGGGCUCCGGAGGCGCGGGCGCGUGCUUCCUGUGCAGCGCGGACGGGCUGGAGCUGGGCGGCGCGGUGGCCGCGGUGGCGGGCGACGAGGAGCUGCAGCCCGGGCAGCUCUACUUCGUGCUCCCCGCGGCGAUGCGGCGCCGGCCGCUGCAGGCGGAGGAGAUGGCCGCGCUCGCCGUCCGCGCCAGCGCCGCGCUCGUCGGCGACCACGGCGGCGGCCCGCUCGUCUUCCCGGACUCCGCCUCCGCCGCCGCCGCCGGUAAUGGCGCCGCAGCCGCGAGGAAGGCGGGCCGGCGGCGGUCGCGGAGGACGGCCAGCCGGGGGCGGGACUUCGUGCCGGAUCUCGGCGCUAUUGCCGAGUAGCUAGCUAGCCGGCCGGAAAGGAGAUUGAUCGAUCGACCGAUCAAACAAAUUAAACGCGCGGCGGGGAGAAAAAAGAACUCGAGUGUAGUUACGUGUAAACUGAUCCACCGGAGACUUUGACUAAUCCUAAUCUAGCGUUAGCCUGGGCUAAGCUGCUUUGCUGGCCGCCUGUUGUAGUAGCCUGUAGGUAUUUUCCUAGUGUACACAUAGUACUUGUAGAAGACGCGUAGCCACAAAUCCACAAUGCAUAUUCUGAUCCAAGGGCUGUCUGCAGUAUUGGACGGGAUGCCCGCCCAGGUUCGCUUGUGUCUGGCUGACGGGGUGGGUCACACGUUCCCACAGGCCACAGGGCACAGGCCACAGGCUAACUGCUCUGCAGUCUGCACACAGCACACUGUCACCGAAAUGUGAUCUUGUCCGAUGAAACGACGGGGGCCAAAUGACCAGAUUCGAUGCGUAUCUUCAUGCA